AUGUUCGGAGGCAGAUCUGCGAAGAAACAGCAAUCCGUCCAUCCAAUGGUCGAAACAGCUUAUCGUGUGGCCAUGGAUAGUGGUGAAAUGGAUGCUAUGGUAAGCUUAUACUUCCUUUCGAUACUGGUGAUAGAGCAAGGCUGGCUUGAACUUGAUAACGCACUUGCAGUCCUCAAGCACUGCGAAGAUCCGGAUCUCCAGGCAACCUUACGAGAGCAGUUCCAAGAAGUUGAUAGCGUUGACAAGAGAUGGCAAUUGCUGAAGCGACGAUUUGACGAUAAGUAUCGAAGAGAGAUGACGCAAGCUAAACAAGUUGUCCCCGAGUAUCAUGAGCAAAAACAGCGUUAUUUUCUGCAGAGCGUUAGCGGACCCAGUAAAAACUUCCUACGAUGGUUUGUUCUGUGGCAUGCUUACCCUCGACUGGAUGUGAAUGUUUCGACAGGUAAGUUUUUUUCAAAUAUCGGUAACAUUGAUAAUAAGUUUCGUACAGGCUUGAACCAUUUGUUGAAAUCACCUUUCUGCAUUCAUCCAAAGACUGGUAACGUUGCCGUUCCCUUGGAUGUGAGCAAAAUUGGCAACUUUGACGUGAAGUCUUGUCCUCGUGUUGAGUGA